AUGACUACAACGCAGCGGAGUGAAAGCAUGAAUUCUUUCUUUGAUAAUUACGUGCAUGCACAAACCACAAUAAAGGAAUUUGUUGACCAAUUUGAUAAUGCUUUGAAGAAAAUGGUUGAGAGGGAGGCACGUGCUGAUUUUGAUUGUUAUAAUCACACGAGUCCUUGUGUAACAGACUUUGCUUUAGAGAAGCAGUUUCAAGAUGCUUACACAAAUACAAAAUUCAAAGAAGUUCAAGCAGAAUUUAAGCCACGUUCGAAUGUUAAUAAUUGUCUUCUAAAAAGUGAAGGUGCAAUUUCUACGUAUCAAGUGAUUGAAACUAAUGGAAACCGCAUGAUGAACAAAACAUUUAGUGUUUUCUUCAACACCGAUGAAUUUGAAGUGAAGUGUACUUGUGCAUUGUUUGAAGUAAGAGGAAUCAUAUGCAAACAUUCCAUUUCUGUUCUACUUACGAGUGGGGUUACAACGUUGCCACCUAGAUAUAUUCUUGAUAGAUGGAGGAAAGAUAUAAAUCAAAAACAUGUUUUGAUUAAGAGUAGUGAUGACGUGUUGGUUAAUAACUCCAAUGCCCAGAGGUAUGACGAAUUUUGCAAGCAUUGUGAAGAAUUAGCAUUGCUCACAUCCAAGAACGUGAAAUAUUUCAUGGAAGCGAUGAAAAGUGUUGAUAUGUUAACAGAGAAAUACCAUGCCUUAACGUUGGCUGCGCCCACUCAAUGUGAUGAAGUCAUUCCAACUUGUGAUGAGGUAAUUUUAAGUAAUGAGGGCACUACGGUGCAAGGUGAGAAGGUGCUUACUCCGGUUAAGGCUACAAAGAAAGGGAGACCACGCUUCCUAUGA